CAGAGUUAGCAGAGUUAGCAUGUGUGGAUAACCGAUGGCAGCUAGCGUCAGUCAGCGGCGGCGUGCGGCGGAGGAAGACGUCUGUCCUCUGGAGUCUAAGUCUGUGAGGACGGACGCAGAGACGAGAUGGGACAGGAAGUCACAGGCUGCGUCCGCUCCUCUCACAGGAAGCUCUGCUGAGGACAGACAGGAAGAGGAGAGGACGACGGGUGAGCAGGCCGUCGCCAUGGAGACCAGCGAGACCAGUGAGGAUGAACUGGGACGACUGGACAUCGACCUGGACAGGAAGUCCAAACAGCACAACCUGACGUCCAGGAACGUGCGCGCCAUCCUACACGAGGUGAUAACUCAUGAGGAGGUGGUAGCGAUGAUGAAAGCUGCGAUCAGAGACACUCAGGACCUUCCCAUGUUUGAGCCGAAGAUGACUCGCUCCAGACUGAAGCAGGCCGUCCAGCAGGGACAGCCACUGAACUGGAGUCUGUCAGCAGUGAGCAGCAUCAAGCCUCCUCAGUUUGUGGACAUUGAUCUGGAGGAUGAUGAAGACUCCUCCGAUGAAGAGUAUUGUCCUGAUGAUGAAGAGGAGGAGGAAGACACGGCCGAGGAAACUUUUCUCAGUGACGCUGACAGCUUCGCCUCACCUCCCAGAAUGCACUGCUCUCAGCCUCGACCGCCAGCAGUUCACAUAGCUGAUGAACCUUUACAGAGAUGUGCAGGACAGCUGAUGGAGGAGGUGAGGGCUCCUCAGCUCCUCCCUGCUGCUCCUCCUGAAUCCUCCUUCAUGGAGAGACUCAACGCUGUGGAGGAGGAGCUGGACUCCAGCCUGUACUCCUUCAACCAGUCUCUGGACAGGAAGCCAGGUGAUGAUGAUGACGGUGACGAAGGCUCCAGCUGUUUGGCGUACCGAACGCGCUCUAAGCUCCCAUUGGUCGACGUCCCCCUGGAGCGUCUGGGCGAGCUUCUGGCCCCUGACAUCACCGCUGACAUGUACGACGACGGCCCCCCCCAGCUAGAGGAGGACCGCCACUGGACCCGCUGGCUGCAGGGUCUGAUGGCCCCCCACACCGAAGAGGAAGUCGAUGAUGACGAUGACCCGGAGUACAACGUGCAGGACGACCUGGAUGAACCCGACCUGGAGGACUACAGGACGGACCGAGCUGUCCAGAUCACCAAGAAGGAAGUGAACGAGCUGCUGGAGGAGCUUUUCGAUACGCUCCAGGAAGAGGAGGAAGAAGAGGAGGAAGUGGCAGCUGAGAUGGAAGAACAGGAGGAGGAGGGGGCUCCGUUACCGACUGGACCCAAAUUCAACGUCCCCCAAGCUUUACGCUUUGAGGCUCCGUUAGCUAGCAUGCUAACAGAGCGGCGGCGGACGGUCAGGAAACAGUAUGAAGCUCUGCAGCAGAGGAGAGCUCUGCAGGACACCACCAACCAUCACCGUGACAACCAUCACCGAGACAACCUGAACCUGAACCUGAACCUGAACCUGAAGGACACACCCAGCCCUCAACCCGACCCCCUCACACCCGUCCUGGUCCUGCCGAGCCGGGUCUGCCCCGCGCUCCACCUGGACUACACCCAGAAACUACAGCUGCAGCAGCAGAUACAGCAGCACGUUCAGCUGCUGACUCAAGUUCACCUGCUCAGCCGCCGCGUAGACGCCCUCAACCAUGAGGCAGCCAUCACUAAGAACUACCUGGAGGAGCUGCAGCAGUUCUCCGGCCGGCAGGAGGAGGCGUUGCUCCCCAGCUGUUUCAGAGUGUGUAACCUGCAGCCAGCGCUGGAUCUCCUGCAGGAGGUGGAGCAGAGGGAGGAGCCUCCUGCUGCUCCUCUUACUCCUGCUGCCUCCAGACGCUGGCUCCCCACCAUGACUCCCACCACCAACGGCCACGCCUUCCCUCUGAUGCCCCCCGACGCCGCCUGGCUGUUCGCCACCCGGCCCGUCUUCCUCUACCCAGAACUACUUCCUGUCUGCAACCUGAACCGCGCCCUGCACACCCGACACCAGCGGAGCGUUUACACGGCGGGAGAGGACGGGCUGAUCAUCCUGGGCCUGAAGCACUUUGAGGGGGCGGUGCAGCCGGAUCAGCUGAUCAGCUCCUACCUGCUCUGUAAGACUCAGUGGAACUUCAGGAAGCACGUCCGAGAGAUGAGCAGCUCCAGGGCGCCGCACAGCAGCGUCAUCAAGACGUUCCUGACGCAGGGAAGCGUUCCCACGCUGCCGCUGGCCUGCAGCAGAGUCCAGCCAGGAGACCAGCGCCCCCCAGUGGACAGGAAGACCUCCGGCAUGCCCAACUGGCUCAAGAACAGUCAGCAGAUCAUCCAGAGGACCAGACUGAACACCUGUCCGCCACGUUACCCCCCCUCCCUCCCCCAAGGCUGCACCCUGAGGCUCCACCCCUACUGGCACAACAAGGCCUCCGCCAGCCGCCCCCCCCCCUCCAGACGCCUCUUCACCCUGGCCCAUAAUGCAUCUCUGCUGCCCCUCUGCCCGGCGGAGAGGCAGUCGGAUGUGCAGCCAAUCAGCUACUUGGCCCAGCUACCUGCUCCAGGUGUCGCGUUACCCCCCAACCCCCCCGCUCUGCAAUUAGCCCCGCCUCCUCCCUGUGGGGCCGUCCCAUUGGCCGUUCAGCCGGUCCCGCCCCGCCCUUUGUGUGCUGACAUCAUCCAGUCCUGCCUUCCUAUUGGGCAGAGAAACGUUUCUAGGCAACAAGACACCGGGCCUCCUCUGCCCCUCCUCCUCCCCCUCUCCUCCAUACCCAACCCCGAAACUACAAAUCCCAUAAUGCCUUGCUCCACCACUGUCCUGAACCCAGGCUACGUCGUGCUCCAGAUGGUGUGGACACCUUCGCCUCCUUCCUCCUCCUCCUCCACCUCCUCCACUUCCUCCUCCCUGCAUGCUCUGCAGCAGGAGCAGAAGGAGGUGAAGAACAACUGCACAAGGCCCCACCUGCAGGAGGAGGUGAGACAGGAGGAGAAGGGAGGAGAAGAGGACAGUUCAGAGUCUGUAUCAUCACUGUCGUCCUGUGCAGGAGCAGAGGAGGAGGAGGAGGAGAAAGAGGAGGAGGAAGAGAGGAGCUGGACUCAUCUGGGUGUUGGUAGAGAAGAAGACACAGGAGGAGGAGGAGGAGAGGGAGAGCAGGGAGGAGACGGGGACGAAGAGGAGGACGAGGACGGAGAGAAGGAGAAGGAUGAAGAUCAGGACAGGCAGGGCGAGGAGGAAGAGGAGGAGGACUUCGAUGACCUCACACAGGACGAAGACGAGGAGGAAGUGAUGUCAUCGGCGUCGGAGGAGUCGGUGCUGUCUGUACCUGAGCUACAGGAGACGAUGAAGCAGCUGACGUGGCUGGCGUCAGAGAGGAGGCUCUGUGCCGACGCAGACUCAGAGGAGGACCACUCCCCCACCUCCCCCGGCUCUCAGGAGGAGGAAGAGGAGGAGGAGGAGGAGGGGCCUAAAGGGGAGGAGUCAGGAGAAGGCAGGGACAUCAAGGCGGGAGGAGACGAGGAGACGCCGUCCUGCGAGGGAACGCCGCGAGGAGGAGGAGGGAGGUGCUCCGGGCGAGGAAGAGGUCGGAGCCGUCCUCUCCGGGGCCUGAGGAGGAGUCGGCAGGAGCGUCACAGUAAAGACGCCGCCAAGCUGCUGCUGCUGUACGACGAGAACCUGCUGGACAACGACCCGCACCGAGAGAGCAAAGACGUCGCCUUCGCCCAGAGCUACCUCAACAGGGUGCGCGAGGCUCUGCAGGACUUCCCCGGGAAGGUGGAGGAGUUUGUGUGUCUGCUGAACGAGUUCGAGCUGCUGGGUGAAGGCCAGCGUGUGCUCGCACUGUUCAGGAAGCUGCGUUGCAUUCUGGGAAACCGCACCGACCUCCUCCGAGACUUCGCCGCCUUCAUGCACCCGGAGCAGGCGCUGGAGUGUGGACUGUUUGAGGAGCAGCAGGCGUUCGAGCGUAGCCGGCGGUUCCUCCGUCAGUUGGAGAUCAGUUUUGGAGAUAAUCCGUCUCAUUACCAGAAGAUCAUCAAAGCUCUGCAGGCCGGACCAGACCUGAGUCCCACCAGCAUCCACGAGCUCAAAGCUCAGAUGGCCACGCUGCUCAAAGGCCACACCCACCUGCAAACUGAAUUCUGGGUGUUUUUCGACGAGCUCCGCCCACCGCCAGCGCGUCCGGGACAGUUCGAGGAAGCUCAUUGGCCGGAGGAGGGAGGGGGCGGGUUAGACGGAGGCGAGGGCGUGGGCUCGGCGUCGGGGGGCGGGGACAGUUGCGGCUUCGAGGAAGUGACGCUCCCAGAGCUCAAAGAGGAAGAGGAGGGGCAUAAGAUCCCACCAAUGGCGAGCCGGCGCCAGAGGAGGAAGCUGGACGUCUACAGGAACUACAAGGACUGUGAUUGGUCGGAUAAAGACUGGCCCUGCCUCUGUCACGACGCAAAGAUCCGCCGGCACCGGAGGAAAGGAUGCUCCCGCUGCCAUGGCAACAAGAGCUCAGUGGUCGGGUCCAGAGCCAUGAAGAGUCUGGACCCGCUUUACGCCCAGAUAGGAAAAGACGACAGCCCUCAACCAGAUCGCAGCGCGGCAUCAUGGGAAGGCUCGUUCCCUCUGGCGGACGAGAAGGAGGAGGAGGAGGAGGUGAUGAAGGAGGACGAGGACGACGAACUGGACGACGAGGAGGACGAUGAAGAUGAGGAGGAGAGAAAGAGCAGCGAGAAGGAGCAGAGCCCGGCUCUAAAGAGGAGCAGGAGAGACGAGGCGCUACAAUCUACCUCCACCUCCUCUCUAAACCCCUCCACCUCCUCUCUAAACCCCUGCGCCUCCUCCACCUCCUCUCUAAACCUUUCUACCUCCUCCACCUCCCCUAUUAACCCCUCCACCUCCUCUCUAAACCCCUCCACCUCCCCUAUUAACCCCUCCACCUCCUCUCUAAACCCCUCCACCUCCUCCACCUCCUCUGUUCACCGUUCUACCUCCUCCACCUCCCCUAUUCACACCUCCACCUCCUCUACCUCCUCUCUAAACCCCUCCACCUCCCCUAUUCACACCUCCACCUCCUCUCUAAACCCCUCCACCUCCCCUAUUAACCCCUCCAUCUCCUCUCUAGUUCACCCUUCUACCUCCUCCACCUCCCCUAUUCACCCCUCCACCUCCUCUACCUCCUCUCUAAACCCCUCCACCUCCCCUAUUCACCCCUCCACCUCCUCUACCUCCUCUCUAAACCCCUCCACCUCCUCUACCUCCUCUGUUCACCCUUCUACCUCCUCCACUUCCCCUAUUCACCCCUCCACCUCCUCUCUAAACCCCUCCACCUCCCCUAUUCACCCAUCCACCUCCUCUCUAAACCCCUCCACCUCCACCACCUCCUCUCUAACCCCCUCCACCUCCUCUGUUAGCUCCUUGUCAACCUGUCCUUCUGUCACCUCCUCCUCUUCCUCCACUGCUUCCACCUCUCUCUCCACCUGCGCCUCCUCUUCCUCCUCCACCCUCCCCUCUCCCUCCUCUGCUCCUCCUCGGCCCAGUCCUCCUUCUGAUCUCCCCGUCUGUGCCAAGAACAUUUCUCUGACAGCGAGUGGAGAGAAAGUCAUCCUCUGGACCAGGGAGGCGGAUCGAGUCAUCUUGACCACAUGUCAGCAGGAAGGAGCCAAUCAGAACACGUUUCAGGCCAUCUCCAGUCUCCUCGGCAACAAGACUCCGAGCGAGGUCUCUCGCAGGUUUCGGGACCUGAUGCGUCUGUUUCGGACGGCGGCGCGUCAGACGAGCUCAGAGGACGAGGCCCCGCCCACCGACCCGGCAGCCAAUGAGGAGCCAGACUGACAUCAACCAAUCAGAAGAGCCGUGGGAGGAUAUUGACCAAUGAGAAGUUUGAUGUUUGGAGGUUUUUUUGUUCACAGCUGUUAUUGGAGGUCAAAGGUCACGAUGUGUUUACUGUACAUUAAAAAAAACUGUAAAUAGGAAAUGUUUAUUGUUUAAUAUUUUUGUAAAAAGAAAAGUUUUUUUUAAGGAUGAAAUAGUUUUUUUGUUAAAAUGUUUGAACC